AUGGAAUGGCUCAUGGGAAAGGCUAGAGGCGUUAGUCGAAAUCUUAUGAGUUCAAACUCUUCUUCUAUCAACGAGCAGUUAUCAGUAAUCAGCCCUACCUCUUGCUCAUCAAAUUCCUAUGCAAUCUCCAUCUCUCCAAAGUCUGAGUCAGAUACAAAGUUUGCCAACAGCCCCCCAAAGCCCCCAGAGCGCAGUGGUUUGCGAAGUGGGUCUCCCUCAACUCGACUUUCUCCACCCUUUGCUUUCACUGGUGGCUCGGCGCUUAGCCGAUGUUCGUCACCUGUACAGCCAAAUUCAAAGAAUGCUUUAAACGUAUCGGUCUCAUCCAUUGAUCCGAAUUCAAAGCCAUUGAUUGAUUCUUUAAGUGCCUUAAAGCAUCCAUUGUUCAUAAGCCCAUCAAGUCUGAGGCAUCAACUUCCUCUGUUCACUGCCACUUCAGUUGAUUUCUCUGAUCUUGUUGAACCAUAUGAUCAUGCUGAGCUUCAUGAAUGGCUCGCUACAAAUACGAUAAAUCUUUUUGAAAACCUUAGCACUAUAUUUGAUGCUCUCUAUGAGCUAUGCGUCUGUCCCAGUUUGAAUGUGGCUGUCUAUUUUCCUGGACUCGAUUUUACCCAGUUGACGGACUACAAUUUGUGCUCACAAUUAAAUAUGAGUUUAAGUACUCUUUAUGAAGAGGAAAAAGGCAAGAAAUCGAAGGGUUCUUUUAAUAUUUCUAGUAUCAGUACUCAAAUGCUUAGUGCAUGUACUGCUCGGCAAGCGAUAGAUACUGCUCUUUCUUGCUGCCAUGACCUAAUGCAGUCCCCCCGCAUUUUUCCCGUGAGGUACGGUGAAGAUUUUUCACCCGAUUUCCCUUUGCGCAUUUCAGGGAUUUGUAAAAGCCUACUUGUGUGUAUCUCUCAUUUAUACUUGGCGCACUUCCACCACAUCGAACAAUUAGAGCUUCUUCCUCAUUUGAAUACUCUCUCCAAGCACUUCUUCUCUUUUACUCAAAGGUUUUCGAUCCUUUGUGAGAAGGAUUUUGAGCCUCUCGCGGGGUUGCACCGCUUGCUAACAGAGGUGCCGGCACCUGCUCUUCCAACGCAGCAAAAUAUUUCUGGUUGUAUUCAAGACUCAUCUCCAUUUAAAUCAAGCAUAGAAUCAGACGGCUUGGUUGGGAAUGACAUUAAAAGUGAUCCCAAAUGUUCUCAUCUCUCCAAUUGUCUUUGUUCCAAAGGAGUUGCUGUUCGAUAG